AGGCCAUGAGGGUGUUGGUGCGGCGUUGCUGCGGGCACCUGCCAGCGAGUGGGGGCGCGGGCCGGAGGCUGGGCCCUCAUUGGCGAGCGGUGGCCGGGCUCGGCUGGUGCCCUAGCGGGGAGGACGGCCGGGGCGCCCGAGUCCGCGAGAAGCCGCCCUGGCGGGUGCUCUUCUUCGGCACAGACCGGUUCGCCCGCGAGGCGCUGCGGGCGCUGCACGCCGCCAGGGAAAACAAAGAGGAAGAGUUAAUAGAAAAAUUGGAGGUGGUCACAGUGCCCUCCCCGUCACCCAAAGGACUGCCAGUGAAGCAAUACGCUGUCCAGUCUCAGCUUCCAGUGUAUGAGUGGCCGGAUGUGGGAUCUGGAGAAUAUGAUGUUGGAGUGGUAGCUUCAUUUGGCCGACUUUUGAGUGAGGCUCUUAUUCUUAAGUUUCCCUAUGGCAUAUUGAAUGUCCAUCCCAGUUGCCUCCCGAGGUGGCGUGGUCCAGCCCCUAUAAUCCAUACUGUGCUUCACGGAGACACAGUUACUGGAGUAACGAUUAUGCAAAUCAGACCUAAAAGGUUUGAUGUAGGUCCAAUUCUCAAACAGGAAACAGUUCCUGUGCCACCCAAGAGCACCGCAAAGGAAUUGGAAGCAGUGCUGUCAAGACUGGGUGCCAACAUGGUACAGUUCUCCAAUGUUCUACUGUUUUUUAUUCAUUUACUUAUUUCAGUUUUGAAAAAUUUGCCUGAAAGUUUGAACAAUGGAAGGCAGCAGCCAACUGAGGGGGUGACACAUGCCCCUAAGAUUUCUGCUGGUACCAGCUGUAUAAAAUGGGAGGAACAAACUUCAGAGCAAAUAUUCAGACUUUAUCGUGCCAUCGGAAAUAUAAUUCCGUUGCAGACGCUCUGGAUGGAUAAUACCAUUAAACUUCUGGAUUUGGUAGAAGUUAAUAGUUCAGUCCUCACUGAUCCAAAAUUAACAGGACAGGCUGUUACUCCAGGAUCAGUAAUAUACCACAAACACUCACAAAUACUGCUGGUCUGUUGUAAGAAUGGCUGGAUUGGUGUUCAAUCAGUGAUGCUCAAGAAAACACUAACAGCUACUGAUUUCUACAAUGGAUAUUUGCAUCCCUGGUACCAGAAAAAUUCCCAAGCUCAACCAAGCCAGUGCAGAUUUCAGACUCUCAGACUUCCAAGAAAGCAGCAGAAAAAAAAAAUUGUUGCUAUGCAACAGUGCAUUAAAUAGUUAGGAAAAAAAUGGACAAGAACCUACUACAUAUUUGUAAUUUAUUAAAAGCCUUAUUUACCAGGAUUACCUUGACUUUCAAAGAAGAUGACACUGUUGGACGAAGUGAAGAUUAUUGUCAAAAAGAUGAAUUACCUCACUUUCCAUUUUUUUGUUUAACAGUAGCUAAAAACAGCUUUUUCUAUUUGAAUAACAAAAGAAGCUUUAAAUAAAA